AUGGAAACCUUGAGACAGACGCUUUCGUGCCCCGUGUGUCUGGAGCUGUUCACGCCCCCCGUCCUGGUCCUGUCCUGCGCACACAACUUCUGUAAGCAAUGCCUGGAGAAGAUCCUGCAGCACCAAAACUGUCACCACAUCAACGGGUUUUUCCACUGCCCCCUGUGCAGGAAGGUCAUUUAUUUGAGGGGCAGAGGAAUUGUCGGCCUGCUACGAAAUAGCCUAGUUGAAAGUAUACUGGAGAAAUUUAAAUAUGAGCUUGAAAAAAUCUGUACUCAGGAGAAAAGACAGUCGUCCCAAAUCUGUGAAGAACAUGGAGAAAACAUGAAUUUGAUGUGCCUGACUGACGAUGAGCCAAUAUGUGCAAUCUGUAAACUCUUUGGAAAACACGAGGACCACAAUGUUGCAAAAGUAUCAGAAGCUUACAACGCAAGAAAAAAAGCAUUUAUAAAAAAAUUACACUUAGUUCACAAGAAAUCUGAAGAAGCUAGGAAGGAAACUGAAAAGCUGACUAAUGAGCUAACAGCUGAUGCUACAGACACCAAGGUAAUGAUUGACACAGUUGGAAUGGGUUUGCUGAAGGGCAUAUGGUACCGAAUGGCUGAACUGCAAUCCAAGUUACACCAUGACUAUUCUACAAAACUGGAGAAACUGCAGGUAAUCUCAAACGAGGCCAAAGCUUCUGGACAGCUUUAUCAGCAAAUGGAAACCCUCCUGGAACAGCACGAAAACUCUGUACAAUUUCUACAGGAGGACAAAAAAUUCAAGGAAAAGAUAGAAAAAGUGCUAGAAGGAAAAGGCUCAUAUCAGGACCCACCAAAGCAUAAAAUUUCAAUGCAACAGUAUUUUGAAGAGCUCAUCAGAGGAAUUAAUAUCAAGGAUUACCUCUCUACUGCAUGCGAGGAGAUGCUUUCAAGUACCACUGACAUAUCCGACACACGUCAAUCAGAAUGUCCCGCCUUUGUUUUUUCAGAUGAGAGUCCCGAUCACCACUUCUGCAAAGAAGUACUGCAACAAUUUGAGAAGUCAAGUGACAUCAAGCAAGACAAUUUUGAAAAUGCAGGCCCCCCUGCACUGCAGCACUAA